AUGAAGGCUGUCAUUUUGGUCUUGUUCGUGGCUGUCGGGCUUAGCACAGCGAGAUGGGUACGCCGUGGCAGAACGAACCAGCCUAAAGAAACUAGCUUCAUUGGAGAAGCUACGAAUGAAUUAUCAACCGCUCUUUUGCAGGGCUACAUAGAUGAUACUAAUAAUAUAGUGUUCUCUCCUCUCGGCUAUUCUGCUAUUCUUGCUAUUUUGGCUGAAGGAGCUCGUGGUGAAACUAAAGAACAACUAGUAAGCGCAUUGCACCUACCCAAAGAUGAAAAGCUUAUCCGCAAGAACUACCGUUAUAUUAUGGAACGACUAAAAUACACAAACAAAUUUGAAUACAAUAAGCCAGAAUUGCAAAACUAUUUUUACGUAUACAAAAACUAUUCAAUUAAUGAUGACUACAAGAAGGUACUACAAGAAUGUUACUUAACAGAUGUUCGGUCUGUAGAGAGAUAUUCAAACAUUGAUGACGAUGAAGACAACAUAAAAACUGUUCCAGAAGUCGAACCUCCUAAAGACGCACAAGAAAAGUUAAUUACAUAUGCAGUUGAAGACAAACCUGAGAAGAUUGAUUUAACACAAAUCACUUAUAAGCCAGCUAAAAAUAUCAAGGAGCAGAUUAAAUUAGUAAAAACAAACCCAAAAGCAGAUGACUUCAGUGAUGCAGAAGAAACGAUGAUAGCUGAUGAAGCGAGAAAUGAUGUAAGGAAUCAACGUGUUCUAAUGAACAAAAACGAUGUUGCAUCUAGCAUAUCGGUUAACGGUGUAGGGAAGAAGGACAGUGAUCACAAAACUAAUUCAAUAAUGAUUAUAUUCAACGGUAUGUACUUCCGUGGCACGUGGCAAAAGCCUUUUGAUGUUAUCGAACCUGGCUUAUUCUAUAAAUCAAACACCGAAAAGAAACAAGUAAUGAUGAUGAAAACUAGAGGCAAAUUUAUGACAGGAACUUUACCGGAAUUGGACAGCGAGGCUAUUGUUUUACCAUAUGAGGGUGGAAGAUACGCUUUGUUAGUAGUUAAGCCUAGGACAAGGGAUGGACUGACACGGCUGAUCGCUGACCUCCCAUCAGCUCCGAUAUCUGACAUCAAGGAGAGCCUGGUGGAAGAAGAGUUGCAUGUGUCGCUACCAUCCUUCUAUGUCAGCACUACCACCAAGCCGGUGGCAGCAUUAGCUAAGUUUGGAGUGAGCCGUAUUUUCGGGCGCGAGGCAGAGUUAUCAGGGAUAUCGUCAAAGGAAGGACUUUUCGUUCAGGAACUCGUGCAGAACGUUGUAGUUCGAGUCGAUAAUACUAAGAUCUCAUCGUCGCUCAUAGGAGCGAGUAACGCAGCUGAAUCGCUCAAGAAUCUUCCCUUGUACGAAACUAAAGAGCCUCGUCGUUUCUGUGUCGAACAACCAUUCGUGUUCUACAUCCUUGACUGUUUGGACAACUUGGUCGUAGUCGCUGGAAAGGUUACUGACCCAGAACAACCCACUGACUCUGUUUGA